AUGACCCAGGCGGAGAAAGGGGAAGCGGCGGCGGCGGAGAAUGGGAAGGACAAGGAGCGCGACAAGGAGAAGGAGCAGCGCGGCGCCAAGAGGCCCAUCGUGCCUGCCGCCGUGCCGGAGUCCCUGCAGGAGGUGAGCCCCGGCUUAGGCGGAGAGGCUCCUCCCGUGGCCUUCGGGGGGUUCCUCUCGGCUCUGGCGGCGGCGAGGCCCGGGAAGCACGGCGCUCUGGACGGGGUUUCUGCGCCUCCGUCGUCGCGCGCAAUCGAGAUUCCCGCGGAACAGCCUAGGCCCGAUUUCAUAGGGCCGGUGGAGUCGAGUGGUGAAGCUUUCUCUGGGCUGCGCCCCUUCAGAGAGGUGUCCCACGAUGGGAUACUUGCACUUGCCUUUUAUUUUAAGGGCUUGAACUCAUUGCCACAUGGAAUAACGCAAAGCGUGUCAGCCUCGUGCAUCCUGUUUUCUGAUAGGCGGAACACAGUAUGAAUGCUCUGUGUAUUAAAUAAUAUUGCAGAUCUCAUUUGCACCUUUACAGUAUUUCCAAGCAGCAGUUUACUCACUGAUCUUUAAUUUUAUUUGUAAAGCACUUCACUUAUAUGCCAGCUGUAUUGCCACCUUAGCAAGGAUGUGUGAAAAACCUUGAGCUGGUAAUGAAAAUGCUAUAGAAGUGAAGUACCUUCCCCUAGGGCAAGCUAAUGCUGUUUCAGUGUGUAGGGGCAUUUAACAUGAAUUUCAUGCAGCAGGAACAUAUCCCCUAUAGCAUCCUAUGAAAAGAGGUUCAUAUUAGUUUCUAAUAGUAAUAUUAUAGUGCUUUCUCCUAUAAUUGAUGAUGCUCACUGUUGAUGCUGUCUACUGAUGUUGACUGUUAGCCUUGGGUUCUCUGAAUGUCUAAAUGAUAUUAGCAUUUCCAUAGUUGUACCAUAUUUUGAUAAAAUUGUCUGCAUCAGAUGUGCCACUCAAGGCAUGCACCCUUUCUGUCAGUUUUUCAAAUACAGUGGUACCUCAGGUUACAGACGCUUCAGGUUACGAGUUUUUGGGUUGCGCACUGCACCAAACCCGGAAGUACUGGAAUGGGUUACUUCCGUGUUUCGACGCUCACGCAUGCGCAGAAGUGUGGAAUUGCGGCGGGCGCAGGCACAGACCUGCAAGUCGCAAACAUGCCUCCCCCACGGAUCACAUUCGCAACCUGAGGUUCCACUGUACGGCAAUUGUCCAUCUAAAACACUAUUCCAAAUGUGCAAAAAAGCUUACGUAAAUGUCCUUUGUGGGAGGGGAAAGCACUGUUACAGAACUUAAGAGCUAUAUUUUGCUGAUGGCAGCUCAAAGUGUAAAAAGAUACAGAUUUUCAAAAUGAGGCAUAGACUAUAUGUUUGGGCACCUACCGAGUACUGUGCUUUGCUGGUUCCUGUUCCUGUUUGUUUAUCUAUUUUACUAUUUUUAGCAAAUACAGAGCAACUUCAUUGUCGUGAUACAUCCUGGCUCAAUGACUUUAAGGAUUGGAAGAGCUACAGACACACUUCCUAUUGGCAUUCCUCACGUCAUUGCAAGAAGGCACAAGCAGCAAGGGCAACCCACAUAUAAAGACAGUUGGCUUCUAAGAGAAGGACUCAAUGUAAGUCUUAGAAUUUGAGUAUUAUGUUAAAUUGAAUCAGUAACUGUUCAUUUGAACUACAUUGUUUUCUUGGUAUGCUAAAUUUUACUAGUCAUCCUUACUUCUUUGGGUUGCACAAUAACAGCUUGCCUCUGUAAUAACAUGUGUUUGUCUUGCAUCAUCUAUACCAGCUACAUAUGGGAAUUAAUGCAGGCUAUGGCAUUAAACUUGCUAUAAAUGGCACAAGAUUUAAGGGGGACAGAUUUUUGCACCAAGCACUGAGGACCACAUCACACAGGACUCUUUUUUAUGUAGAUAUCAGUUCGGCACAAAAAAAUUGAAUGUACAAUGUAAUAUUAUAUAUACAUGUAUCUAUUUUUAUUUGAAGGUCACCAGCAGUUCUUUAAUUUACGCAGGAAUUUUCUGCAGAGUAGUGUAGCAAGUAUAGUUUUUCUGGCUUCAUUGAUAAAUCCCCUGCUUCUGACAAUGAAAUCACAGUCAAAGGAAAAGUAAAGAAAAAUGAAAAUAUUGUCGAAAUGAGUGAGCCAGCAGGUAAAAAAAAAUGACUUUUUAAACAAGGAGUGGGAAAGGUAUUGUUUUGUGGAUCUGAAUGGGAAAUGCAUUAGCUUACUCUGCUCCUCAAACAUUUGUGGUCUGUAAAAAUGCAAAGUCCAUGGUCAAUAUAAAGAAAAUCAUAGCAGUUUUGCAAAGGACUAUGCUUGAUUCUGAGCUUUCUUUUUGGGGCAGAGGGAGAGAAUGUCAACGUGCUUAUGCAGCUGCUUACAUUUUAUUGGUUAGAGAGCUAUUUUAAUGAUUAUUUUGUAUUUUUAGAGUGUUUUAAGUUUUAUUGAAUGUAUUGUAAACUGCCUUGAUAUUUUACAUGAGUUUUAAAAUAUUUGCAAAAGUAUUUUGAAAAUAAUUUCGUUAAGAAAGUCAAAAGACCCACUUCUAUGUUUAGAGGACUGUUACUUAUUGUUUGCUUUUAUUUAGAAACCUGAAAGUACUGAACAAAGACAGAAUGGUCUUAAAAUGGUUGACCAAGCAAUAUGGUCCAAAAAGAUGUCAAAUGGUGCCAGACGUAUACCAGUGUCACCUGAUCAGGUAUCUCAUUUAUAAACUGAUUGAUAGAAAUUGCUUUUUGAGGGGUGUAAAAGCAGUGAAAAGCCUUGUAGCAGCACUAAUAAAUCUAGGAUAGUAUUCAACUAUGUUUUAGUCAGAGUAGGCCCAUUGAAAUCAAUGAUCAUGACUAAGUUAGGUCCAUUAAUUUCACUUGAUCUACUAUGACUAAUCCUUACUUGAACACCACCCCAGUCUUCAAAAUAGUUUAAAGGCAGGAAUGGACCAUAGCUCUGUGCUUGACAUUCAGAGGAUCUCAAGUCCAAUCUGCGGCAUCUGAAAUUUAAACAAGACCAGGUAAUCUGCUGAUGUGAAAGACCCAAGGCCCUUGUUGCCGACCAUCAGUCAGAUUAGAUAAAACUUAGCUAGGAUAAAACUUAGCCUUAGCGGGCUCAUCUAAGGCAAUCUCUUAUGUUCCCUCUGGAAAUUUAUUUUUUGUCGUAUAAUAGUUCAAUAGAGGAAUAGCAGUUCAACAGAGGGAUAUAAAUUACGAUAAAUUUUGAGCAACUCAUAUAGCAUGACUACACAUUUGUGCUCUUAAGAUAGACUUUGAAAAAUAGUUUCGUUUUAAGUGUGACCAUUUCCUCCUAUUCCUUGUUUCAAAUUUACAUUUCAGGCCCGAUCUUACAAUAGGCAGAUGAGACCUGCUAUUUUAGAUCAUAGCUCUGGAACAAAAUGGACAAACACUGCCCAUCAUCCCGAAUAUGUCAUUGGAGAAGAGGUAGGAACACCUUGCCUCAUUUCAUUAAAAGUAACUCUCAUCCUUUAUCUCAUGUACAGUUAAGCAACCAUAGGUAUUUUUUAAAAAAAUGUAUUUGGGAAAAACACAGUUUUUACAUUAGUUGUUUGUGGCACAUGGAUCUCCUGAAGUUUGAAAAAGAAGAAGCAAUCAUCUUGCAUUUCACACAGAAAUCCCUGCUGGGUUGCCUUGAGGAUAUUCCUAAUGCUCACAAGGCAAGUGGCUGUUUACAAGCCUGAGAGAAAGAAACCAAAUUAGUGAAUGCAGAUGGGAACAGAGCAAUACGUUUUCAUAUGUAACCUAUCGAAUAUUAACUUUUAAGCUGUUUUUAUAACAGUCUUCAAUUGAAUUUUUAGUGUUUUAAACUGGUAAGAAAAACAUCUCUGUCAGGAUUCCUCCACCACCCCUCUCCUAUUGACACCGGUGGCAGACUUGGGGCUCUCAAAUUUCAGCAGCCCCCUGUGCAACACUAAAAUUCAGUCCCCCUCCACCUGUUGCUCUCCGUUCUACAGCCCCCUGCAGUGUGGCCAAACCAGCCAUGCCAACCUAAAACUGACUCUGUUGACACUCUACUCAUCCAGGGAAAAUAGAACUGAAGACUAUGCAAGGCAGCUGCUUUUUCCAUUCACUGCUGCUGUAAUAUGGGUUCUGGAACAUAGGCCAUCAAGGGCAGUGUGGCAAAAUGCAGUGUUUAUGAUGGUCUUAUUUUAAGAACAGCAACGAAAAGAAUUGCUAGUUUUCUACAGAGAAUAUGGCAUUCGGAACAGCAUUCUCCAAAUGCAGUUCAUACAGAGCAAUGGGCAAGCUUAAUAAUAAAUGGUAAUGUUACAGAAAAAUGCAGCAUUAAAAAAGGGACAAGGCAAGGAUGCCCUAUGUUGUCACUGUUAUUUAUCCUAAUAUUAGAAAUGUUGACUAGAGAAAUACAAAAAUUGAUGAAACAACAUGAAUUAAGGUCAGGCAGAGAGCGUACAAAGUGAAAGUAUUUGCGGAUGAUGUUGUGCUGGUGUUGGAAAAUCUGAUAGUAAGCGUCCCAAGGAUAAUAGAAACUAUAACAAAAUUUGGCAACUUAGCAGGAUUCUGUAUAAAUAAGGGGGGAAAGUGAUAGUAAAAAGUCUAGACUCGGAGGCAAAAGAUAAACUUGAGACUAUCACUGGGGGUGUGUGUGUUAAAUAUUUGGGGAUAUGGAUAUCCGCUAAGAACUUAAACCUUUUACAGGAUAACGAUGUUAAAAUCUGGAAUGAAAUAAAAAGAAGUCUAGAAAAAUGGACUAGAAUGAACCAUUCUUUGUGAGGAAGAAUAUCCGUAGUCGCAAUGAAUGUUUUGCCCAAGAUGAUCUUUUUAUUUUAAACAUUACCCGGUGAUAAAUAGCCCAAACUGCUUCAAACAGUGGAAGAAAGAUGUGACAAACUUCAUUUGGCAGGGGGAAGCACCCCUGAAUUAAAUAUAAAAAUCUGACAGAGAAAGAGAAAGAGGGGGCUUUGCCUUUCCAGACCUCAGACUUUAUUAUGAGGCAGCAGAUAACAUCAAAAAAGGAAGACUUGAGAUGAUAACGGGUGGAAUAUCAGGAUAUGCAGCAGAUCAAGAUUUCCCUAGAAGGCCACAGAGAGAUUGUCUGAGAAGUCUUAGAAAAGUGAUGUGGUGGAUAUUGUAUGUUGUGUGUAUAAAAGCUGUUAAAAUGGCAUAAAUAAAAGUUUUUGUCUUUUUUUAAACAAAGAAUUGCUAGUUUUCUGCUGCUACUACUAAAGGCUGAACAGUGUUGUAUGUUUCAAUUUGCUUUGGAAUGCUUUUUUGUGUUGAUGUGUUACAGACUAGCAAAUGUACAGAAAUUCCAAGUGUUCACAAUUAAAAUUUGAACGAGAUAAAUAUAGUAAAUUCUUCUUUUCAGGCAUUAUAUGUUAACCCUAUGGACUGUUACAAUGUUCAUUGGCCUGUUCAUCGAGGGCAGUUGAACCUUCACUCGGGGCCGAGUGGUUCCCUUACUGCAGUCCUAGCUGAUCUUGAAGUUAUAUGGUCGCAUGCAAUACAGAAGUAUUUAGAAAUACCUCUGAAGGAUUUGAAGGUGAGCUAUGGCAGACUUCAUCUGUUCAUGACUAUGACUGUCAACAUUUCAUCGUUGUUGCUGCAAAAGGGUUUGACUGUUGAAGCCUUUGGCAGUCUGGUUCCUACAUUCCUUGGUAGCACCUUCUUCUAUGUAUACUUCCCAUUGGAUCAUCUAAUGCACUACUCUGUUUUAAAACCUUUAGAAUAAGAGUUUAAUUAAUUCAUUAAUAUCCCGGCCUUUCUCUAAAGGAGCCCAUGGUGGAACAUAUCAAUACUGAAACAACAGAAUGAAAACAGUUAAAAACUCGUAAAAUAAUUGCCUACCCUCAAAACUAUUAAUUGCAGGGUUUUCAGGGACAGGUCUUUCAGCCAUCAAGUACCUGGGUAAACAGGAAUGUUGUUAAAUUGCUCCUAAAAGUUAAUGAGAGAGCAACACACCUCAUAGGAGAGGGCAUUCCACAAAUGGGGAGCAACCACCAAGAAGGCCCUGUUAAGGAGGUGCUUAGUAGAGCCUUUAUAGCUGUGGUGUUCACUCUACAGUUCCCUACCAAGUGAACUCUAGUUGUUUAUAUAAUAAUAAUUAUAUUAUUAUUAAUAUAAUAAUUAAUUCCUUUAUUUUUAAAAAUACUUCUGCCCCGCCUGAUUUCACAAAGGAAGCUAACAAAUCAGAUAAUAACAGUAGAAAAACAAAUGACCCCAAAUUAAACCUGCUUGUAAAAUGCAAAAUAUAAGCAGUGAGUAUCAAAACUAAAGAAAAGCCAGAGGAAUUCUUGUUCCCUCCCUGUUAAGAUUCAUAGCAAAUGGUUGUGGUUGGCUUCAGGAGAGGGAGAGGAUGUCCUGUUGUGCAGAUGGAAGUUCUUGUGCUAGUUAGUACCUGCGUGUGCAGGCCACAUCCUCACCGCUUUGUGGCCUCCCUUGUGGGUUGGCAUUUUUUGUAGACUGGCAUUUUUCAGAGAGAAUGAAAAUCCUGCAAUUAGCCCUCCUGCAUUACAAGAAUUGGUUCAACAUCCAGGAGGAAGGUUUUGUGCAAGGUCUAAAGCUGUUAGAUUUCCCCAUGCCCUGGAUUAAAGGAUUUCAAUGAUGUAAUUGGCUCUAGCUCUUAACCAAUAUUUUCGCUUCCUUCAAUACUUAAAAUUAUUUAAGUAGCUCAUGGCAUCAACCCGUUCCACUGUAUGAAGACCAACAGACCGGAAAACGAAUCCUAGUUUGUUCUUUUCUCUUUCAGUAUUACAGGUGUAUUUUGCUAAUACCAGACAUCUAUAACAAGCAGCAUGUGAAAGAAAUAGUAAAUAUGAUCCUAAUGAAGAUGGGAUUCUCAGGUAAUAAAGCAACAUCUGUGGUCAGCUGCUUAGUGCAAGGGUUUUGAAGGUACCUUUUGUUUCUAAGUUGGAAUCACGUAACUUCCAGAAUGUUUUUUUGCCCUUACAGCCACCCAUGUCUCAACCAGGUGAAUAAAUAGCUCAGCCUUUGGCAACAUAUAUCAUGAAAUCAGUAAUGUGCAACUCUAUGGCCAAAUUUUAAAGAAAUUACUCCAGUGUUUGGUCAAUACAAACUUGUGUUUGCUGAGUCAAAACCAUCUAAUCUAUUUACGUAUCUUACAGAGCUUCAGAGGUAUUGUCAUCUAGGUUCCACUAUAGGACAGGCCCCAACUGGAUGUAACAUUACUGAGAUCCAGAGCCUCUGCUACUGUCACUCCCAGCUGUCUCCUACCAACAAGUGCAUUGGGCAGAUGAGUCCUGCUCCAAAUAACAAUUUUCAGCUCACUGUCUAAAAGACUGAAGUUGGUUGGGAGAUGCAGAGACAUGAAACACUGAUUUUUUAAAAUGUUAAAACAGGGAAGCUGGAAAAUAUUAUCAUGGUGAUAUGUUGUUCUAUUUAUGAAAUGCAUGGGUAGCAAUAAACACAUUUCUUCCUCUCUUUUGUUUAAAACACUUCAGAGUUUUAUAUAUAUAAAAGAGGGCAUGUUAUGGGAAGUGUUCAGUAGUGGAGUGCAUAUGAGUAAUGUUUCUGAAUAGAGUUGCAAAGCAGUGUAUAUAACAGUAUUCCUGCCAUUUUGUUUUCAGGCAUAGUGGUCCAUCAGGAAUCUGUCUGUGCUACUUUUGGAAGUGGUUUAGGUAGUGCAUGCGUCGUCGAUGUGGGGGAUCAGAAGACAAGUGUCUGCUGUGUCGAAGACGGUGUUUCGCAUCGUAACACCAGGUAACUAUUAUAAAGUUGCAGUAACAUUCAGGUGAAAAGAAGCAAGUCUUCUAAUGGCUGCUGCUGCUUUUUUUAGGUUAUGCCUUGCAUAUGGAGGUUCUGAUGUGUCAAGAUGCUUUUAUUGGCUUAUGCAGCGAGCUGGGUUCCCUUACAGAGACUGCCAACUAGCUAAAAAGACAGAUUGCCUUCUCCUGCAGCACUUAAAAGAAACAUUUUGCCAUUUAGACCAGGUAAGUUCAAAGACCUAGAUAAGGAGCUCCACACUUCUGAUUUGCUCUUUCCCAGGCCCGUUUGGUCACAAUCUAGUGUGACGUUACAGAUUUUUAGUUGUAUAAUUAAUGGUAAUAGAGGUUACCAACAGUGGGGAGAAAACUGAAAAUUCACAUGUGUGGCUGAUCUCUUCUCAGUGUAGUUUGAAAGAUUUGAAAGUUCAUUAAAGCAUUAAUACCUUUUUCUAUGUUUUAUUAUCAGGAUUUAUCUGGACUAAAAGAUCAUGAGUUUCAAGUCCGUCACCCAGAUUCUCCAGCUUUGCUGUAUCAGUUGCGCUUGGGAGAUGAAAAGUUACAGGUAAAGACUGGGUGGGGUAUACAUGCACAUAAGGUGCAAAGAGACUUUUCCCUCCGCUCACCCCCCUCUGUGCUCCCUAAACCUGUUAUUUUGGUUCUCCUAACCCUCCAGGGUAGAUUUAGCAGGACACGGGUAGAAGAAUGCAAGAAUGCAGACUGCAUUCUGUGUACACAACUUAGUUGAAUCCUGCCCUAUGAUAGACAUGCUCUGGGAUGUAGAUGCAGACUUAAGUGCAGAAGUCAAUGAAAAAUAAAGGUAAAGGGACCCCUGACCAUUAGGUCCAGUCGUGACCAACUCUGGGGUUGUGGUGCUCAUCUUGCUUUAUUGGCCAAGGGAGCCGGCGCCACUUCUGGCAAACAGAGCAGCGCACGGAAACGCCGUUUGCCUUCCCGCCGGAGCGGUACCUAUUUAUCUACUUGCACUUUGACGUGCUUUUGAACUGUUAGGUUGGCAGGAGCAGGGACCGAGCAACGAGAGCUCACCCCGUCGCAGGGAUUUGAACUGCCGACCUUCUGAUCGGCAAGUCCUAGGCUCUGUGGUUUAACCCACAGCGCCACCUGCGUCCCAGCCCCAAUGAAAAAUAGUGGGGUAUUAAUUAGUUUUCAGCAGCUCAAUCUGCAUGUUUCUCUUCUUACAGUCUAAUUGAGUGCUAUGAUAUUCAGGAGAUACACAGCAAAUACAGAUGUGGCAUAACUAGCUCAAAUGUUGAAUUAAAUAAACUUGAUAUAUGUUUCUAGCUACACAUGCUGCUGACAGGUAUCAUAUCGUUUGGAGCACAGGGCUGUACCCUAUGCAGCUCUAAGUAGCUUGCUACAUCAGCAGAAGGAUUUAAGUUUGUACAACAUAACUUGAUUUAAAAUUUCCAAAGAAAUUGUAUUAGAAGAAGAGUUUGGAUUUGAUAUCCCGCCUUUCACUCCCCUUCAGAAGUCUCAAAGCGGCUAACAAUCUCCUUUCCCUUCCUCCCUCACAACAAACACUCUGUGAGGUGAGUGGGGCUGAGAGACUUCAAAGAAGUGUGACUGGCCCAAGGUCACCCAGCAGCUGCAUGGGGAGGAGCGGAGACGCGAACCCGGUUACCCAGAUUAUGUGACUACCACUCUUAACCAUUACACCACACUGGCUCACUUAUUAUUAAAUACGUUGCCAAAGGCUGAGCUAUUUAUUCACCUGGUUGAGACAUGGGUGGCUGUAAGAGCAAAAAAACAUUCUGGAAGUUAGGUGAUUCCAACUUAGAAACAAAAGGUACCUUCAAAACCCUUGCACUAAGCAGCUGACCACAGAUGUUGCUUUAUUACCUGAGAAUCCCAUCUUCAUUAGGACCAUAUUUACUAUCUCUUUCACAUGCUGCUUGUUAUAGAUGUCUGGUAUUAGCAAAAUACACCUGUAAUGCUAAAGGAGAAAAGAACAAACUAGGAUUUGUUUUCCGGUCUGUUGGUCUUCAUACAGUGGAAUGGGUUGAUGCCAUGAGCUAUCUAAAUCUGUUCUAGUUGUUCCUCUAGCUUUCCAGAGCAGAUUUGGGCAGGGUGUGAGAGGGGGAGAGUUCCAUUGUGCAAGCGAAAAUCCUUCUGCUAACAGAACAAGUGCAUUAGAUACCACCCAAGAUGUUUAUCUGCUUCUGAAACUGAUUGCUCUGUUAGAAAGGCAGUGCAAGCAAGCAUUGAUGAAAUGGUAAAGAUAAUUUUAAGCUCUUCCCCAUCUCUCACGAUUAGGCUCCCAUGGCAUUAUUUUAUCCAGCAACCUUUGGAAUUGUGGGGCAGAAAAUGACAUCUUUGCAGCAACGAUCACAAGGUGAUCCUGAGGAUCCGCAUGAUGAACAUUAUCUCUUAGCUACACAAAGUAAGCAGGAGCAGGUGUGUUGUGUGUCUUUUUCCUUGUUUUCUCUUCCUAGGAGACUUUUCUGCACAGAUCUAAUUAUACUUAAUUAAAGCUUUCGUCUUGGAGAAUGGCUAGAAGGUUCAUGAUAAUGCUGUAAACCGCCAUGUGAUCGUUGGUUGAAGGGCGGUAUAGAAAAUAAAAUAAUAAAUAAUAAAUAUAAUAAUAAUAAAAAUAUAAUAAUAAUAAUAAUAAUAACAAUAAUAAUAAAAAAAUAAUGGGUUCAUUCAGACCUCUGGCACGGCUGCAAGGAGGCGUUCAGAAGCUUUUGCUUUCAUUUUAGAACAACAGCAGCUUGCUUUGUCAUUUGAACCUGGAUGAGCAGUGGUUGAUCUCAGCUAUACAGUAGUUAGUUGAAGGAAGCCAACUUCAAACCACAGUUUAUAAAGCUGGCUUCUUCCAGCUAAGCAUAGUUAAAAUUUAACACAGUUUGGGUUUGGACAGCAUGCAAAACAGCAGUUCAUCUAAAACAGAAGUAGCUGUUUCUGAUGGUUUCAUAGUCGUUCUGGAUGAGAGCAAGUGAGCUCAAGGCUGACAGACUUUUAUAAAGCUAAUCUGUUCUUUAGGGUUAUGUCUGAAGGCAGGCAUAGUGUGUGUGUACAUAUUAACAAGAAGUACUAACAAGAAUCCUUUCAAAGCAUUCCAUCGUGUAACAGCAAGCUAUCACUCUGCUUGGGAACACAUUUUUAAAAGAAAAGCCUGACUAGCUUUUCAGAUACAUUUUAAUUGAAUAAUUUUCUAAAGCAAUGCCUGAAGUAACUGAUAUUCUAGUUUGAAGUCUUGUUUAUUCUGUUAUGUUUUACUCCAGGAAUACCCAUUUAUCCUUACAACCCAAUAAGGCAGACAUGUAUCUACAAAAUAAUUUAGUUAAAAAUGUGAUCCCAUUGAGAAUCUAAGAUGAAAUUUUGCAGGUAGAUCUUAGAAAUAUUUAAUAAUACAAUUUCUUUGGAAAUUUUAAAUCAAAUUAAUUUUUUGAAUCUUUUUUUAAAAUUUAAAAUUUUGUAACCUAACUUGGAAAUGUAAAGUAAGCCCAUCGUGUGACAUAUCAUAUUAAAGCCCACAAUGUUCUGAGGAGAUGGGUAUUUUUUAGUUUUGAAAUAUCUUAAUUCUGGACUGAGCUUUUACAGUUUGUGUGUAGUCAGACAUGGCCAAAAUUGUCAAUUUUUUAAAAUUUCCAACUCUCAUGACUCAAAAACAGGAUGUGAUAAAAAAAUUAACGUUUAGAUUUAAACUUAGUUUUGAUCAUUCAACAAGUGUACAAAAUAUUAAGAAAAUUGGAUGACAUGACGUUAAAAAAAUGGAUCAUGAUAUGGAAUGACCCAGUAUGCUUGAUUUUAUUGUCAUUACCUUAGUUAUGUAAAAGCUUUUUUACAAAAUAAUAAAAGCAAAACUUCUGUAGUAUUUCUUCAGCUACCACUCUGAUCCUACAGGUGGCUAUAGUUUGGGUGGCACAUGCAGUAGCUUCCACAAAGGUUGCUAUGAUGGUAUACUGUGUAUGGAAUGUGCUGAGCCAUUGGAAAUGGAAGACUUGGGUAAGGGAGCAUAUGGUGUUUGUGCCAAAGAAUAUGAAAAUAAUAUGGCGAAAGGCCAGAAGUAGCAGUGUGGCUUUACUCGCCACCUAUUCCCUUAGUGUCAGGUGUGCUAUGUGGGACUGUUUUUAGCUGCAACACUCCUCACACCUAUUUUGGCAGAUGCUGUGGAAUGUGUUUUGCAUCUAACAAAAUUGGAUCUUUUCAAAUGAUAACCUGCCCUGUUUUGCUUUUUAAAGUCUGCAAAAGCAACAGCCGACAGGAAGUCGAUUUCCAAGCCUAGUGGAUUUGAGGGGGAUCUGCGUGGCCAAUCUGCAAGCGUUGCUGAAAAUCUCUAUCCUCCAGAAGUUGAGAUCGGCACUUCGCACGGUGACUGCAUCAUGGGUGGAAAUGAGUCUGAAGAACCCCUUACAGCUCACAUGUCCAGGAAAACUGCUGUAUCUCAGUUUGAAGGGAAAGCGUUAGGCCUUGACAAAGCCAUCUUGCACAGUAUUGAUUGCUGUGGUAAGAAAACUAUAUAUACUUGUUUAUUAACAUUAAUACUUUGGCCAAGAUAGAUUCUAGUACGACGAGGAUUCAUAAGUUUGCAGGAACUAAAUAUCUACUCUCGCUCUCAUCCAUUUUUUCUUUAGUUACCUGGUUCAAUCUGUUUUAAUGUUAAUGGCUAAUUCUGUAUUGUUUUCAAUUCAUUCUUCACAGUUUACAUAAAACUCAUUUUGAUUUCUCAGCAUCUGACGAUACCAAAAAGAAAAUGUACAGUUCCAUCCUGGUUGUAGGAGGCGGUCUGAUGUUCCACAAAGCCCAAGAGUUCCUUCAGCACAGAAUUCUCAACAAAAUGCCUCCUUCUUUCAGGAGAGUUGUUGAAAACGUAGAAGUUAUUACGAGACCAAAGGUACUUGUGUAUGAAUCUAGGCAUACUUUUAGGUCAUGGUUGGGAAAUAUUUUCUUUUCUGUCAGGGGCCACAUGACUACAGUGGUGGGUGGAGCUAGAAUCAAAGGUGGGUGUAGCCACCUCCUCUGUCUAUGUUAAGACACUUGCUACAGCAGCUCAUAUCCUCUUCUAGUUAAUUAUAAAUUGCGGUUAACAUUCUGUACUGGCCAAUACAUUUAUUUGUAUAUUCCAAUAGUGUAGUAUAUAGCGAAGAACAAGCAUUGGUUCUUUUGUGCAAGGGGCUUGACUAAUAAACUAAAGGCCAUCCCCUUCUGUCUAAAAUUCAUUAAGAACAGCAGCAACAAAGCAAUCUUUCUUUUGCCACAAAAGUAAAUGGUAUCUUUUGUGCUGAUUUGGGAUUGUAAAGAUUUUAAGCACCGAGCACAACUUCUCAGAGUAGCCCCAGUUAAAAACAGUAACAUUCUUAAAGCAAAUGUAAGUGGGUUUGUGGGGUUUAGUUUACACCAUUUACCUUGUUCAUUCUUUUCCUUUGCAUUAAUUGUAGGACAUGGAUCCCCGUUUGAUAGCAUGGAAAGGGGGUGCUGUUCUAGCCUGCCUGGAUACAACACAGGAGCUCUGGAUAUAUCAACGAGAAUGGCAGCGAUUUGGUGUCCGUAUGUUACGCGAAAGAGCUGCUUUUGUCUGGUGA